AUGCUAAUUUCAGAAAGAGAAGAGAACAAAGUAGACGUAUCCAAGACCACAGAGGUAGAUUGUUUUGUGGUAGAAUUAGGAAGUCUACACAACACACCUAAUAUUGACCGCCUGGCAAAUGAGGGAGUGAGGCUCACCCAGCAUCUCGCAGCUGCUUCCAUGUGCACCCCAAGUCGGGCUGCCUUCCUGACCGGCCGGUACCCCAUCAGAUCAGGGAUGGUGUCUCCCUACAACCUCAACCGUGCCCUCACGUGGCUUGGUGGUUCAGGUGGUCUUCCUACCAAUGAAACGACUUUUGCCAAGCUGCUGCAGCACCGUGGCUACCGCACGGGACUCAUAGGCAAAUGGCACCUGGGUUUGAGCUGCGCCUCUCGGAAUGAUCACUGCUACCACCCGCUCAACCAUGGUUUUCACUACUUUUAUGGGGUGCCUUUCGGACUUUUAAGCGACUGCCAGGCAUCCAAGACACCAGAACUGCACCGCUGGCUCAGGAUCAAACUGUGGAUCUCCACGGUGGCCAUUGCCCUGGUUCCUUUUCUGCUUCUCAUUCCCAAGUUCGCCCGCUGGUUCUCAGUGCCGUGGAAGGUCAUCUUUGUCUUUGCUCUCCUCGCCUUUCUGUUUUUCACUUCCUGGUAUUCCAGUUAUGGAUUUACUCGGCGUUGGAAUUGCAUCCUUAUGAGGAACCAUGAAAUUAUCCAGCAGCCGAUGAAAGAGGAGAAAGUAGCUUCCCUCAUGCUGAAGGAGGCGCUAGCUUUCAUUGAAAGGGUCAAACGGGAACCUUUUCUCCUCUUUUUUUCGUUCCUGCACGUACAUACUCCACUCAUCUCCAAAGAGAAGUUUGUUGGGCACAGUAAAUAUGGCAGGUAUGGGGACAAUGUAGAAGAAAUGGAUUGGAUGGUGGGUAAAAUUCUGGGUGCCCUAGACCGGGAGUGCCUGGCCAACAACACCUUGGUGUACUUCACCUCUGACAACGGGGGCCACCUGGAGCCCCUGGACGGGGCUGUUCAGCUGGGCGGCUGGAACGGGAUCUACAAAGGUGGCAAAGGAAUGGGAGGAUGGGAAGGAGGUAUCCGUGUGCCAGGGAUAUUCCGGUGGCCGUCGGUCUUGGAGGCUGGGAGAGUGAUCAAUGAGCCCACUAGCCUAAUGGACAUCUAUCCGACGCUGUCUUAUAUAGGCGGAGGGAUCUUGCCCCAGGACAGAUGGUAUCAUAAUGCAACUUACUUUUUAGGUGCAACUGUGUGGAAAGCUCAUUAUGUGACUCCCAAAUUCUACCCUGAUGGAACUGGUGCCUGCUCUGGGAGUGGAAUAUGUUCAUGUUCAGGGGAUGUAACCUACCACGACCCACCACUCCUCUUUGACAUCUCAAGAGACCCUUCAGAAGCCUUUCCACUGAACCCUGACAAUGAACCAUUAUUUGACUCCGUGAUCAAGAAGAUGGAGGCAGCCAUAAAAGAGCAUCGUAGGACACUAACACCUGUCCCACAGCAGUUCUCUGUGUUCAACACAAUUUGGAAACCAUGGCUGCAGCCAUGCUGUGGGACCUUCCCCUUCUGUGGGUGUGACAAGGAAGAUGACAUCCUUCCCACAGCUCCCUGA